GAGAGACCAGCAGGAUCCUUGGGUGAAAGAAAAUCCUGCUUGAUAAAAACCGCCACUUAGGAAAAGAUGUCCUUUCGGGGAGCCAGGCUCAGCAUGAGGAACAGAAGGAACGACACUCUGGACAGCACCCGGACCCUGUACUCCAGCGCGUCUCGGAGCACAGACUUGUCUUACAGUGAAAGCGACUUGGCGAAUUUUAUUCAAGCAAAUUUUAAGAAACGAGAAUGUGUCUUCUUUACCAAAGAUUCCAAGGCCACGGAGAAUGUGUGCAAGUGUGGCUAUGCCCAGAGCCAGCACAUGGAAGGCACCCAGAUCAACCAAAGCGAGAAAUGGAACUACAAGAAACACACCAAGGAAUUUCCUACGGAUGCCUUUGGGGAUAUUCAGUUUGAGACACUGGGGAAGAAAGGGAAGUAUAUCCGUCUGUCCUGCGACACGGACGCGGAAAUCCUUUACGAGCUGCUGACCCAGCACUGGCACCUGAAAACACCCAACCUGGUCAUUUCUGUGACCGGGGGCGCCAAGAACUUCGCCCUGAAGCCGCGCAUGCGCAAGAUCUUCAGCCGGCUCAUCUACAUCGCGCAGUCCAAAGGUGCUUGGAUUCUCACGGGAGGCACCCAUUAUGGCCUGAUGAAGUACAUCGGGGAGGUGGUGAGGGAUAACACCAUCAGCAGGAGUUCAGAGGAGAAUAUUGUGGCCAUUGGCAUAGCAGCUUGGGGCAUGGUCUCCAACCGGGACACCCUCAUCAGGAACGGCGAUGCUGAGGGCUAUUUUUCAGCCCAGUACCUUAUGGAUGACUUCACGAGAGAUCCUCUGUAUAUCCUGGACAACAACCACACGCAUUUGCUGCUUGUGGACAAUGGCUGUCAUGGACAUCCCACCGUCGAAGCAAAGCUCCGGGAUCAGCUAGAGAAGUACAUCUCUGAGCGCACUAUUCAAGAUUCCAACUAUGGCGGCAAGAUCCCCAUUGUGUGUUUUGCCCAAGGAGGUGGAAAAGAGACUUUGAAAGCCAUCAAUACCUCCAUCAAAAGUAAAAUUCCUUGUGUGGUGGUGGAAGGCUCGGGCCAGAUCGCUGAUGUGAUCGCCAGCCUGGUGGAGGUGGAGGAUGCCUUGACAUCUUCUGCCAUCAAGGAGAAGCUGGUGCGCUUUUUACCCCGCACGGUGUCCCGGCUGCCUGAGGAGGAGACUGAGAGUUGGAUCAAAUGGCUCAAAGAAAUUCUCGAAUGUUCUCACCUAUUAACAGUUAUUAAAAUGGAAGAAGCUGGGGAUGAAAUUGUGAGCAAUGCCAUCUCUUACGCUCUAUACAAAGCCUUCAGCACCAAUGAGCAAGACAAGGAUAACUGGAAUGGGCAGCUGAAGCUUCUGCUGGAGUGGAACCAGCUGGACUUAGCCAAUGAUGAGAUUUUCACCAAUGACCGCCGAUGGGAGUCUGCUGACCUUCAAGAAGUCAUGUUUACGGCUCUCAUAAAGGACAGACCCAAGUUUGUCCGCCUCUUUCUGGAGAACGGCUUGAACCUGCGGAAGUUUCUCACCCAUGAUGUCCUUACUGAACUCUUCUCCAACCACUUCAGCACCCUCGUGUACCGGAAUCUGCAGAUUGCCAAGAAUUCCUAUAAUGACACCCUCCUCACGUUUGUCUGGAAACUGGUUGCGAACUUCCGAAGAGGCUUCCGCAAGGAAGACAGAAAUGGCCGGGACGAGAUGGACAUAGAACUCCACGACGUGUCUCCUAUUACUCGGCACCCCCUGCAAGCUCUCUUCAUCUGGGCCAUUCUUCAGAACAAGAAGGAACUCUCCAAAGUCAUUUGGGAGCAGACCAGGGGCUGCACUCUGGCAGCCCUGGGAGCCAGCAAGCUUCUGAAGACUCUGGCCAAAGUGAAGAACGACAUCAAUGCUGCUGGGGAGUCCGAGGAGCUGGCUAAUGAGUACGAGACCCGGGCGGCUGAGCUGUUCACUGAGUGUUACAGCAGCGAUGAAGACUUGGCAGAACAGCUGCUGGUCUAUUCCUGUGACGCUUGGGGUGGAAGCAACUGUCUGGAGCUGGCGGUGGAGGCCACAGACCAGCAUUUCAUCGCCCAGCCUGGGGUCCAGAAUUUUCUUUCUAAGCAAUGGUAUGGAGAGAUUUCCCGAGACACCAAGAACUGGAAGAUUAUCCUGUGUCUGUUUAUUAUACCCUUGGUGGGCUGUGGCUUUGUAUCAUUUAGGAAGAAACCUGUCGACAAGCACAAGAAGCUGCUUUGGUACUACGUGGCGUUCUUCACCUCCCCCUUCGUGGUCUUCUCCUGGAACGUGGUCUUCUACAUUGCCUUCCUCCUGCUGUUUGCCUACGUGCUGCUCAUGGAUUUCCAUUCGGUGCCACACCCCCCCGAGCUGGUCCUGUACUCACUUGUCUUUGUCCUCUUCUGUGAUGAAGUGAGACAGUGGUACGUAAAUGGGGUGAAUUAUUUUACUGACCUGUGGAAUGUGAUGGACACGCUGGGGCUUUUUUACUUCAUAGCAGGAAUUGUAUUUCGGCUCCACUCUUCUAAUAAAAGCUCUUUGUAUUCUGGACGAGUCAUUUUCUGUCUGGACUACAUUAUUUUCACUCUAAGAUUGAUCCACAUUUUUACUGUAAGCAGAAACUUAGGACCCAAGAUUAUAAUGCUGCAGAGGAUGCUGAUCGACGUGUUCUUCUUCCUGUUCCUCUUUGCGGUGUGGAUGGUGGCCUUCGGCGUGGCCAGGCAAGGGAUCCUUAGGCAGAAUGAGCAGCGCUGGAGGUGGAUAUUCCGUUCGGUCAUCUACGAGCCCUACCUGGCCAUGUUCGGCCAGGUGCCCAGUGACGUGGACGGUACCACGUAUGACUUUGCCCACUGCACCUUCACUGGGAAUGAGUCCAAGCCACUGUGCGUGGAGCUGGAUGAGCACAACCUGCCCCGGUUCCCCGAGUGGAUCACCAUCCCCCUGGUGUGCAUCUACAUGUUAUCCACCAACAUCCUGCUGGUCAACCUGCUGGUCGCCAUGUUUGGCUACACGGUGGGCACCGUCCAGGAGAACAAUGACCAGGUCUGGAAGUUCCAGAGGUACUUCCUGGUGCAGGAGUACUGCAGCCGCCUCAAUAUCCCCUUCCCCUUCAUCAUCUUCGCUUACUUCUACAUGGUGGUGAAGAAGUGCUUCAAGUGUUGCUGCAAGGAGAAAAACAUGGAGUCUUCUCUCUGCUGUUUCAAAAAUGAGGACAACGAGACUCUGGCAUGGGAGGGUGUCAUGAAGGAAAAUUACCUUGUCAAGAUCAACACAAAAGCCAACGACACCUCAGAGGAAAUGAGGCAUCGAUUUAGACAACUGGAUACAAAGCUUAAUGAUCUCAAGGGUCUUCUGAAAGAGAUUGCUAAUAAAAUCAAAUAAAACUGUAUGAACUCUAAUGGAGAAAAAUCUAAUUAUAGCAAGAUCAUAUUAAGGAAUGCUGAUGAACAAUUUUGCUAUCGACUACUAAAUGAGCGAUUUUCAGACCCCUGGGUACAUGGUGGAUGAUUUUAAAUCACCCUAGUGUGCUGAAACCUUGAGAAUAAAGUGUGUGAUUGGUUUCACACUUGAAGAUGGAUAUAAAGGAAGAACCUUUCCUUUAUGUGUUUCUCCAGAACGGUGCCUGUUUCUCUCUGUGUCUCAAUGCCUGGGACUGGAGGUUGAUAGUUUAAGUGUGUUCUUACAGCCUCCUUUUUCCUUUAAUCUUAUUUUUGACGAACACGUAUAUAGGAGAACAUCUCUCUUAUGGAUAAGAACCUGGUCAUGCUUUACUCCUGUACUGUUAUUUUGUUCAUUUCCAAUUGAUUCUCUACGUUUCCCUUUUUUGUAUUAUGUGACUAAUUAGUUGACAUAUUGUUGAAAGUCUCCCAAAUUAGGCCAGAUUCUAAAACAUGCUGCAGCAAGAGGACCCCACUCUCUUCAGGAAAAGUGUUUUCAUUUCUCAGGAUGCUUCUUACCUGUCAGAGGAGGUGACAAGGCAGUCUCUUGCUCUCUUGGACUCACCAGGCUCCUAUUGAAGGAACCACCCCCAUUCCUAAAUAUGUGAAAAGUCGCCCAAAAUGCAACCUUGAAAGGCACUACUGACUUUGUUCUUAUUAGAUACUCCUCUUAUUUCUUAUUUUUCCAUUAAAAAAAUAGCCUGCUAUUAUAGAAAAUUUAGACCAUACAGAGAUGUAGAAAGAACAUAAAUUGUCCCCCAUUAUCUUAAGGUAAUCACUGCUAACAAUUUCUGGAUGGUUUCUCAAGUCUAUUUUUUUUCUUUGUAUGUCUCAAUUCUCUUUCAAAAUUGUACAGAAUGUUAUCAUACUACAUAUAUACUUUUUAUGUAAGCUUUUUCACUUAAUAUUUUAUCAAAAUGUUUUUAUUAUAUUCAUAGCCUUCUUAAUUAAACAUUAUAUCAAUAAUUGCAUAAUAGGCAACCUCUAGUGAUUUCCAUAAUUUUGCUCAUUGAAGGCUGUUUCCAGUUGAUCACUGGGAUGAGCAUCUUUGUGCAUGAAUCUUUUCGCUGUAUUUUGGGAAAUUUUCCAAGGUUAGAUUCCAAUAAAUAUCUAUUUAUUAUUAAAUAUUAAAAUAUUUAUUAUUAAAACCAUUUAUAAGGCUUUUUCAUAAAUGUAUAGCAAAUAGGAAUUAUUAACUUGAGCAUAAGAUAUGAGAUACAUGAACCUAAACUAUUAAAAUAAAAUAUUAUAUUUAAUCCUUA